GCGGCAGUACCGGCGUGCGGAGCCAUGGCGGAGGAGGAUCCGGCAGCGGCGGCGGCCGGGAGCGGCAGCGACAGCGAGGAGGGGGAGGAUGGCGAGCGGCGGCACCGGCGGCUCCUGGAGGCGAUCAGCGCCCUGUCCGGACGGAAGCGGCGGAAGCUGGCGGAGCGCUCGGAGGCGAGCGGGCAGGUGUCCGAGUUCAACGUCACCUGCAAAGGUGCUGGGGAAAAGCUGGUUCUGUCGGAGCUGCUGCAGCCCAUCCAUCCCAAAUCCACGCUGGGCAGCGUGAGGAAGGAGCUGGUCAGAGUGAAGCGGAAGGCGGCGGUGGAGCUGCCGCUGAGCAAAGAGGAGGCCAAGAGGGUGGUGAGGGAGGCCGCCUACGUCACCACCUCGAAGGACGUGGGCAAGUGGCAGCAGGUGGUGCUGCAGAACCGGCGUGCAGAGCAGCUGGUGUUCCCCCUGCGGCAGGACAUCGCCACCGUCACCCCUCUGGAGAGAGUCACCUCCACAUGGAAGGCACGAACUCCACUGGAGCAGGAGAUCUUUGGAUUGCUCCACAAGACACAGCAGCCUGUCACAGAUCCGCUGCUGACACCGGAGGAGAUGGCAUCACUGCAGGCCAUGAGUUUGGAGGAGGCGCAGCGCCGGCGUGCGGAGCUGCAGAAGGCCCGGGCAGUGCAGUCCUACUACGAGGCCAAGGCUCGGCGAACGAAGCGGAUCAAGAGCAAGAAGUACCACCGCGUGCUCAAGAAGAGCCGCAGGCGCCAGGCCCUGAAGGAGUUUGAGCAGCUGCACAAAUCGGACCCUGCGGCUGCCUUGGCACGGCUGGAGGAGCUGGAGCAGCUCAGGAUGCAGGAGCGGAUGAGCCUCAAGCACCAGAACAAGGGAAAAUGGGCCCGAUCCAGGGCCAUAAUGGCUAAGUAUGACCUCGAGGCCCGCAAGGCCAUGCAGGAGCAGCUGGCCAGGAACAAGGAGCUGAUGCAGAAGGUGCGGGUGGAGCCGCCCGAGGAGGAGCUGUGUGAGGUGCCCGAGGAGGACACCACGGCCCUGCCCGUGCCCAGCCGGGCUAACCCCUGGAUGCUGGGCAAGCCCAGUGGCCCAGCCCCAGAGCCUGAGGCACAGGAGGGUCCAAGAGAUGACACAGUGCCUGGUGCCAUGGAGAACAAGGAGGAGGAGGAGGAGGAGGAGCUGUCGGAGGAAGAAGCUCUGCUGCAGGACUUUGAGCAGAAGCGACGGGAGCGGACAGGGAGCCCCGAGGGGCUCGGCGAGGAGCAUGGUGCUGAUGAGGCUGAGGCUGGUGCCAAGGAACUGAGGGACAACCCAGUGUCCCCAUCCUGUGCUGAGGAACUGGGGGACAACCCAGUGCCCCCAGCCUGUGCUGAGGAGCUGGGGGGCAGCCCAGUGUCCCCAUCCUGUGCCGAGGAGCUGGUGAGCACAGGGCUGGAGCCACCCCCACAGGCCCAGGAGCAGCUCCUGCUCUCGGAGCAGCUGCACCGCGUGCAGACCAUGGAGGAUGUGGAGAGUCUGGCCAAGGAGGAGCUUGUGGAGAGCUCCUUGGAGCAGGAGAAGCUGGUAGCCCCGAGAGCAGGGAAGCAAGCACAGCAGCAGGAGGAAGGCAGAGCUGAGGACAGACAUACCAAGAAAACACCAGCCAAGAGGAAGAUGAUCAGCCUGGAGGCUUUGCUGGACGGGAAGCCCCAGGAGAUGGAUUGCCCCAGCCUGCCUGUGGUCCUGGAGGAGGAGGAGGGUGGCGUGGAGCAGCGUGGGAUGAUCACGGAGGCCUUUGCUGGGGACGACGUGGUCGCCGACUUCCGCCGGGAGAAGCGCAAGGCAGAGGAGGAGGCGAAGCCGCAGCCGGUGAACCUGGUGCUGCCGGGCUGGGGCGAGUGGGGCGGCACGGGGCUCAAACCCAGCGCCAGGAAGGUCAAGAGGUUCCUGAUCAAGCCGCCGCCGGCACCUCCGCGGAAGGACCAGUUCAUGCCCCACGUCAUCAUGAGCGAGAAGCGCAACAUCCACGCGGCAGCGCAUCAGGUCAGCGAGCUGCCCUUCCCCUUCGAGCGGCACCAGCAGUUUGAGCGGAGCAUGCGGACGCCCGUGGGCCCCACGUGGAACACUCAGCGCUCCUUCCAGAAGCUGACAGCCCCUCGAGUCAUCACCCGCACCGGCCACAUCAUCCAGCCCAUCUCGGCCGAGGAUGUCCCUGACACAGCCCCUGGCAGCGGGACCAGGCUCGGGGAGGAGGCUGUGCCCGGGGGGAAGGCUGUACCAGGGAAGAAGGCUGUGCCAGGGAAGAAGGCUGUACCAGGGAAGAAGGCUGUACCAGGGAAGAAGGCUGUACCAGGGAAGAAGGCUGUGCCAGGGAAGAAGGCUGUGCCAGGGAAGAAGGCUGUACCAGGGAAGAAGGCUGUGCCUCAGGAGAAGGUGCAGCACCGCAGAGCACUGUAGCUCUGUGUCUGCAGAGAGACCUCUGUCUGUCUGUGGGGGCUCGAACUGGAACAAGCAGAAGAACCAGGAGCAGCCCCUGGUUCUUUCUAGUGCCUUCUACCUCUUUCUCUGCAAUAAAACCUAAGGCUGCCCCUC